GUGUUCAAGUUUUCAGUUUUCUAUGUGUAAUUUCGCCUUUGGUUAAAAAGCAGGUUAAAACCCACUGGGGAAAAAAAAAUUGUUGAAACACGAGGUUUCUUAAAACUGUUUCUUAAUUUUGCAAAAAAAAUCUUAGAACAUUCACAUGGAUCCUUUUUCUAGUGCAAGCGCAGAUAUUGAACAAUUAGACAGCGGAAUGGGAAGCAGUGACAUGAGAUCACCUGAGGUCAAAGCUAUUCUUCCUGACGACGAUGAAGAAGACGAGGAGGAGGAAGAAAGUUUAGUUGAACGUCUUGUAGGAUUAACGGAAAUGUUCCCGAAGGAAGUACGAAAUAUGAGCUACAACAUGAGCUCCUGUUUGUGUUCCUGUGUUAAGCAAUUAUAUUCAGUUUCCUGUACUCUCACGUGGUUUUUCUUUAGUUCGUCGGCAAUAUUAGUUGCACCGAUACUCUUCGAAGUAGAACGUGCACAAAUGGAAGAGGCUCAACGCGCACAACAAAAGCAAGUUUUAUUAGGACCAAAUGCAGCAAUUUCCAGCGCAGGAACAUCGGGACUUCCAAUGGCUCCACCAAUUCCCCGAUAAAUCACAUUAAUCAUUUGAUGCAAGUGACAUUAUGCUGCCAAUCAAUUUUUAUCACCCUGGAUCACAUCUUUAUUGUCGGAUUUAAAGUCUGCGAACAAAAAAAAAAAACAAAAAUUUUUUUUUUCUGUAAUGCGUCUCAAGAUUUAUUCUUCACUGGCAUUUCAAAUUUGAAAAGAUGCAUUUAAAAAGAAAAUCACCCAAAAAAUUUUCAAUUCCAAGUUUAUAUUGAAUGGAAAAAUAUAGAACAAGGAGCAUAUAUAUAUAUAUAAAUACAUACAUACAUCUACCAAAGGAUUCUGCUGAUAAAUUUACCAGUAAUUCUCAAUGAGGAUUAUUUCAUUCUUCAAUUUAGUGGCAUUAUUAUCAAUUCUUUAAUGUAUACGCUCUGCAAUUUAAUUGUGCGCUAGUUUGUUUUUUUUAGCGUCAGAAAAAAAGAGCAAAUUACCAAGUUAGUAUUUUUAAUUAACUAAAAGACAUUUUAUAGACAAAAUAAUUGUUUCCAAAUAGCUCUUGAUCUCAAUUUUCAUUUUUCUUGUGUUUGCACAGUGAAAUUUUUGUAGAUCGCUUUAGUAGACUCGUCAGAUACUGAUGUGAUUUUGAAGAAUUGUCCCGAAUCAAUUGAAUUGUUUAUACGUUGUUUUGUUGUGAAAUGAAUAGAGAAUAGUAAUAAAUUCUUUUCAAGUCUA